ACUGUUUUUGUUAAAAUCGGGGAAAACGUGUUUGUUCCCGUCGCGUGAUUGUAGUAACCUGUGCCUUUUUGUGCGUUUUUCGUGCGUUGAGAUCAUCGCGGUUUCUUUCGAACGUGCCUCGCUGGUUUGGAGUUAGAGGAGAUAAUGGACAAGGAAAAUGUACCCAACAACGCCACCGAACCGGAUCCGGACGCCGCGGUCCCGGUCGCGGUCCCGGUCGCGGUCCCGGUCGCGGUCCCGGUCGCGGAAGGGCUCGAAGACAGUAGCACCAGACUCGCCAAAGCAAUGCGGACGCGACUGGACGAGGAAAAGGCGCGGGAAAAGCAAGCUUUCCGUAGCAUGAUGAGCUUGCAGCGGUUGAAGCAGCUGGAAUCGCUUGAGCAAAAACUGGCCGGCUUUGCUAGCUUCUCCCGCCGAAAGGACGAGGAAAAGGGACCGGCUAGGCGUGCCGGGUCUACGAAAAAGCUGCCAGUUACCAGCCCCAACGGACGCCUCCCGGUGGUUUCUAGGCUUCAGGCUAUCCAGGAGGAUGUGGCCAACAACAAUGCACCGCUUCAGUUCACACAGUACGAGACGUCUCCACCGUUCAUCGCGGGGGAGAUGCGUGACUACCAGGUGCAGGGUUUGAAUUGGCUCAUUUCGUUGCAAGAGAGCGGUCUGAAUGGGAUAUUGGCCGACGAAAUGGGGCUUGGCAAAACCAUUCAGUCCAUUUCGAUGAUCGGAUACAUGAUGACGAUUCGGAAAUAUCGAGGCCCAUACCUGGUUGUUGUUCCGUUGUCUACGGUUGAUAAUUGGUUGAACGAGUUUGCCACCUUUCUGCCGACAGCUGAGGUGCUCCGGGGACACGCCACGGGAAGCGAGAAGAGGAAUGUGCUGGAUGCGAUCGCAAUGGUCGGGAAGCGGUGUCGCUGGGAUGUGGUGAUCACGAGCUAUGAGUUCUUUUGGCAAAACGUGGCUGUCUUUCGCCAGCAGAACUUUCACUAUGCCAUCAUUGACGAGGGCCACCGGGCAAAGAACGAAAACACGCAAUUCCCGAAGGCACUGGUACGCUGCAACAUUAGCAGCAUGGUGCUGCUGACCGGUACACCGAUCCACAACAAUCUGCACGAGCUGUGGGCCCUGUUGCACCUUCUGAUGCCUGCGUUCUUCGACAAUGCCGAAAACUUCGACGACUGGUUCAAGGUGGAGAACUGCAUCGAUCCGCGGCAUGAGCAGUCGAUCCGGUUGAAGAAUCUCCUGAAGCCACUGAUGCUGCGACGAACGAAGGACGAAGUUAGCGCACCGAUACCACCGAAACGGCGUAUCAUGAUCGUAGUACCACCGACCGAACAGGUACUGCUCUGGUCGCACAAGGUGGUGAACCACGAAGUGAUGUUCGUUCGGGACAACGGUACACUAAGCCGUCAGCGGAUGGGUAGCGUGUUUCCAUACCUGCGCCAGGUGACACUACACCCCUUUCUUAUACCCGGCGCGGAACCUACCGAAUCGGACUUGGUCACGCCGGAAAUCGUGAGCUACAGCUCCAAAAUGAUCGUACUCGACGCUUUGCUGGGCAAACUGUUCGAGCGUGGCUCGCGCGUGCUGAUAUUUUCCCAGUUCGUUGUGAUGCUGCAGAUACUGGCGGAUUAUAUGGACUGGCGGGGCUACAAAUACUGCAUGCUCGACGGAACUGACGACUUUGCGGUCCGCAAGGAGCAGAUCGAUGAUUUCAACCGUCCAAAGUCGGAUCGCUUCGUGUUUCUGUUGAGCACCCGGGCCGGUGGAUUGGGCAUCAAUCUCUUUAGCGCCGAUACGGUCAUCUUUUACGAUAUGGACUACAACCCACAGAUGGAUUACCAGGCCGAGGAUCGUGCCCAUCGCAUUGGCCAGAGGCACAAGGUGCACAUCAUACGGAUGCUCGUGCGCGGUACAAUCGACGAGUCGCUGCACACCAUCACCGAGCAGAAGAAGCAGCUGGAUGAGGCCAUCAUUCGGCAGACUUUGACCGUGCAGCGUAAAAUGGAGGCGAUCGAGUAUCAGAACAAGAAUCUGCUCAACGCUGGCAUGAUAGAUGAGGCGGCUGUAGAUGCCCAAGUGGCCGCACUGAUCGAUGCAAUGGGACCCCUUGAGCAGUGGAGUAAAACGGCCAAGAAGGAGACAACAGGCCUGGCGGAUGACUAUACGCUGCAUCUACCAAGCAUUCCACGCAGUGCCGCGGUGGCGCACCUUCAGUAUACAACACAUUCCAUCAAGCGAAAGUCUGAAGAGGAUCUAAUUCUUACGACAAAGAGAAGACGAAGCACCGUGAACCGCUUGCAGUGAGAAAAGCGAUCACAGGCAAACUCCCUCUCGAAUAAUACUCGUUUACUUACUUUAUGCUCAAUUGCCGCUGAAAAACGGGUUCUCCGUGAACUAUGAUUUAUCGCCCAAGAAGCUACUUCGAAUUUUGUACUUAAGCAGACUACUCUGUUGAACCAGAAUCUCCUACCAAACUGUGCACAGUAUUACCGAAAGAGGAGGUGGCGCAUGGUUACUGUUUCCCGUUUUUUUCUGUUUUCUUAUGCGCCGUCUCAUGCUUAUGUGUGCCAUGUGUGAAAUGUAACGGUUAAUGGACUAUUCAAGCGGGACCUAUUUUUUGUGAAUUUAAUUCAACGGAACCAGAGGAUAUUCAAUAAAUCUUAUCAGACGAUUAGUAACUUAA